AUGUCUGCUUCUCUGGUCAGGAACAUCACUCCUGAAGAGGAAGUCCCAGAAGCAGAAACCAUGUUCGGGGAUGACACCGUUGCUGCUGCUACCGAGGGUGACACCGUUGCUGCUGCUGCUACCGAGCUCUUUGCUAUCGCUGUAGAUAUCAGGGUGGAGGGGGAUACCGUGGGGGCAGAUAGCCUGGUUGUAGAUGAUACACCUACUGCUGUAGAUAUCAGGGUGGAGGAUAUCCGGGUGGAGGGUGAUACCGUGGGGGUAGAUAGCCUGGUUGUAGAUGAUACACCUACUGCUGUAGAUAUCCGGGUGGAGGGUGAUACCGUGGGGGUAGAUAGCCUGGUUGUUGAUGAUACGCCUACUGCUGUAGAUAUCCGGGUGGAGGGUGAUACCGUGGGGGUAGAUAGCCUGGUUGUUGAUGAUACACCUACUGCUGUAGAUAUCAGGGUGGAGGGUGAUACCGUGGGGGCAGAUAGCCUGGUUGUUGAUGAUACGCCUACUGCUGUAGAUAUCAGGGUGGAGGGUGAUACCGUGGGGGCAGAUAGCCUGGUUGUUGAUGAUACACCUACUGCUGUAGAUAUCAGGGUGGAGGGUGAUACCGUGGGGGCAGAUAGCCUGGUUGUUGAUGAUACACCUACUGCUGUAGAUAUCAGGGUGGAGGGUGAUACCGUGGGGGCAGAUAGCCUGGUUGUUGAUGAUACACCUACUGCUGUAGAUAUCAGGGUGGAGGGUGAUACCGUGGGGGUAGAUAGCCUGGUUGUUGAAGAUACUCCUACUGCUGUAGAUAUCAGGGUGGAGGGUGAUACCGUGGGGGUAGAUAGCCUGGUUGUUGAUGAUACUCCUACUGCUGUAGAUAUCAGGGUGGAGGGUGAUACUGUGGGGGCAGAUAGCCUGGUUGUAGAGGAUACUCCUACUGCUGUAGAUAUCAGGGUGGAGGGUGAUACCGUGGGGGCAGAUAGCCUGGUUGUUGAUGAUACGCCUACUGCUGUAGAUAUCCGGGUGGAGGGUGAUACCGUGGUGGCAGAUAGCCUGGUUGUUGAUGAUACUCCUACUGCUGUAGAUAUCCGGGUGGAGGGUGAUACCGUGGUGGCAGAUAGCCUGGUUGUUGAUGAUACUCCUACUGCUGUAGAUAUCCGGGUGGAGGGUGAUACCGUGGUGGCAGAUAGCCUGGUUGUUGAUGAUACGCCUACUGCUGUAGAUAUCCGGGUGGAGGGUGAUACCGUGGUGGCAGAUAUCCUGGUUGGUGAUGAUACGCCUACUGCUGUAGAUAUCCGGGUGGAGGGUGAUACCGUGGGGGCAGAUAGCCUGGUUGUUGAUGAUACGCCUACUGCUGUAGAUAUCCGGGUGGAGGGUGAUACCGUGGUGGCAGAUAGCCUGGUUGUUGAUGAUACGCCUGCAGUGGAGGAACCUGUAGAAGACACCCCAGUGGCCGAAGACCUGGUGGCCGACAAGCCUGUUGCAGAUACCGUUGUAGCUGAGGCAUUUGUUGUCAAGGAACCAGUUGCGGACUCCCCUGUUGCUGAUGCUCCGCUGGUAAACGCCCCUGUCAUGGCAGAUGAAGUCCCAGACACAGAGGCCCUCAUGGCGGACAUGCCAGUGGUGGAAGACCCUGCUUACAUGGAUCUGGAGACCCUUGUUAAAGAGGCCCUGAUAACAGAAGCCAUGAUAACAGAAGCCAUGAUUAAAGAUUUGUCUGCCCAGGUGGAGGAGGAAGACCUCGCUAAAGAGACUGAGAUUCAGGACGCCAUCUUGAAAGAUUUGGCUGACCAGGAGGCACUAGAAAAAGCGACAGAGGCCAUUGAAGAGGUAGUAGAGGCAGAGGCAGAAGCUCCAGCGGAGGAUACAGCCAGCCCUGUGGUACCUGUCGUCGAAGCCCAGGAAGAGGACUCUGACUGGGGCUUGGUUUCCAUCAGAGAGAGCCUCCAGGCAGCCAAUGGAUACUUUGACUCCCUGGUGGAAUUGAUGGGAGGACGCAACGGAUUGUGUCAGUACAAAUGCAAAUACGGUAAGACACCUGUGCAUCGCAUUGGUUAUGUGACCCCAGAGCCCAAUGGUUGCAGCUCCGACCUCCUAGGAUUCCAGUUUGUCAUGGGCAUCCCAGCCAUGACUCAGUGCUGUAACCAGCUGGACAGUUGCUAUGACACCUGUGGCUCCGACAAAAACCGCUGUGACUCCAAGUACCGCUUGUGUCUCCACGCUAUUUGCUCUGACCUGAAGAAGAGCCUGGGGCUUGUGUCAAAGGUCAAAGCCUGUGAGACCGUAGCAGAUACUCUGUACAACACAGUGUGGACGCUGGGCUGCAGAUCCUUCAUGAACAGCCAGAGGGAAGCAUGUCACUGUGAGAGAGAGGAGAGGGACGAGCUGUAGAUGACACUACACAACACCUCCCAGCCCCAGACCAAACUGGGGCACUACACUACUCAACUCGAGAGAAAGCUGGGAGGAGAGGGACGAGCUGUAGAGGACAGGCUGGGACACUACACUACACUACUCAGCACUACACUACACAACACUACCCAGCACUAGACCAACCUGGGACACUACACUACACUACCCAGCACUAGACCAACCUGGAACACUACACUACACUACCCAGCACUAGACCAACCUUGGACACUGCACUAGACCAACCUUGGACACUACACUAGAUCAACCUGGGACACUACACUACACUACCCAGCACUAGACCAACCUGGGACACUACACUACACUACCCAGCACUAGACCAACCUUGGACACUACACUACACUAGAUCAACCUGGGACACUGCACUAAGACCAACCUGGGACACUACACCACACUACCCAGCACUAGACCAAACUUGGACACUACACUACACUACCCAGCACUAGACCAACCUGGGACACUACACAACACUACCCAGCACUUGACCAACCUGGGACACUACACUACCCAGCACUAGACCAACCUAGGACACUACACUACACUACCCAGCACUAGACCAACCUGGGACA